AUGAUAGCCCUUCUCAUCACAGUUUUCUCUGACACGCCAGUACUCGGUGUCAUUGUUGCCAUCGUUAUCAUCACCACCACCAUCAUCAUCAGCAGCGCCUUCGUGCAGACAGGUCACCUGGCUGGCCUUUCGCAGAAGCAGGCCUGGCCUGUUGAGAAGCUGCGCCGCGCAGUGUCCAAGAGCAAGAGCGUCACUGAGACCGACCGACAGGUCCUGACCUCCUUCCUCGAGGGCAAGGCUCAGGCGCAGGGCAUCGGCGAGGUGAAAGGCAUGCUCGAAGUGCAGCGUGAGGAGUUUUCAAAGGAGGUGGUUGUCGAUGACAAGGAGGAGACCAAGGAUAUCAACAUCUUCGAGGAACUCAUGAAUGCGAAGACCACCGAGAAAGAGACCAUCGAGGAGACCAUUGCUGACAAGAUCGAUCGACGGGGAGUCCUCAAGGUCUCCCUUGUGGACCUCAAGGGGGAGCUCAAGGACGCCCAAAACGCUCUCUCCAAGGACUUUGACGUCCUGAAGAAGCUCUCCGAGACCUGCGACGCCAAGACCAAGGAAUGGGAUGUACGCGAGAAGACUCGCAGCGAGGAGCUUGUGGCUAUCCAGGAGACGGUGAAGAUCUUGAACAGCGAUGAGAACCUGGGCCUCUUCAAGAAGGCUCUGCCGAGCCCCAGCCUGCUGCAGCUGGAGGGCUCUGAGACCAGGGGCAAGGCCUUGGAUGUGCUGAAGACCUACGCCAAGAGCAUGGGUUCCGAGGCAGUGGCCAACCGAACCAACGUGGACCUGGUUAUGCUGGCCUUGUCCCACAAGGGAGUUGACUUCUCCACCGUCAUGAAGAUGAUUGACAACAUGACGGCUCUGAUGGAGCAGGAGCAGUCGGAUGAUGAUGACAAGAAGGACUACUGCAACAAGCAGGCCUUCGAGAACACUCGCAAGACCAAGGCACUUCGGCACAAGAUCCAGACCCUUGAGCAGGCCAUCACCACCCAGGAGGAGGCCGCCAAGACUGUUGAGGAGGAGAUUAAGGCCCUGCAGGAGGGUGUCACUUCGCUGGACAAGUCUGUUGCUGAAUCUACGGACAUGCGCAAGAAGGAGCACGAGGAGUUCCAGAAGACCAUCCAGGACCAGGCUGCCACCAAGGAUGUCCUUCUGAUGGCCAAGAACCGCCUCUUCCAGUUCUACCAUCCGGACAUGACCACCACUCUGUCCACCACGGGCCCAUACGACCUCGGACUGAUCCAGGAGGCCCCAGCCUUCGUUCAGGUGGAGGCCCACAGGAUGCAGGUGGAGCCCCCUGAGUUCGGCUCUGCCAAGGCUGUCCAGGGCAACGGCGUGCUGAACAUGCUGGAAGGCCUGGUGACCGAGACUGAGAAGACGGUGGCCGAGGCCCAGUACAACGAGAAGGAGUCCCAGAAGCUCUACGAAGACAUGCUCUCUGACGCCGCCGCCAAGCGUGAGGCCGAUGUCAAGGCGAUCACCUCCAAGCAGAGGGCCAAGGCCACCGCAGAGGGCGAGGUCGUGAAGAAGUCGGAAGCCAAGAAGGCGGAGAAGGAGGAACUGAAGGAUGUGAAGCAGUACGGCGUGGAUCUGGACGAGGAGUGCAGCUGGCUGCUGAAGAAUUACGAGACUCGUAAGACUGCUCGCGAGCAGGAGAAGGAGUCUCUUCAGCAAGCCAAGGCGGCGCUGGCUGGCGCCAAGUGA